UUCAAGUUUCCAAGCCAAGAGAAAGAUAGAUGUACGCCAUGCAAAGCUUUCCAUCAGUAGCAGAUCACCAUCUCCUUCCAUUCACAGAUGUCGGAGACUUCGGCCUCUCCACAUACCUUCCUUUUGCUGCAGCUUCCAACCUGAGUAAUCUGGUUCAGACAUGUGCUAUCUCUGAGUAUGACUUGGGAGAAGAAGGAGAUCUGUUCAAAGCUCCAAGACCCAUACUAGAGGAAUCAGUACUUGCGUUCGAUCCCAUAGCGGCUGCCACAUUACUGUUAUCUGGUUAUGGAAGUAGCAUCAUGACAGACAACAUUGAGAUAGUAGAUAUGGAGUCAAUCCAAAAUGGAGAUCUCCUGUGUGAGGCCUUCUAUGGCUGUGAAAAGGACCUCCUUGUGAAGUCAGCUCAUGUGCCGGCACCUGAGGUAGUAGACUUUGUGCUCCCUUCACUGCAGGCAGAAAAAGAAACUACGGUUGGAGAAAGGAAUUGCUUCUCUGCAGAGGGGCCUUUGCAGAAGAGUGACAGCACAAAUGCUUCCAGCGUCGGACCAUGUUUACUUGAUGUUCAUGAAGUGGAUCUUGAGGCUGCGUUUGGGAUGAGGACAUACAGUGAAGGAGAUAUCCAGAGUAUUGGAGUCGAUAGCUAUGUUCAUGGUGAUAUCAACAUUGUCCCUACUUUUAAGUUGUCAUCAACAAUAGAGGAUGUGAAGAUGAAAGAAAGAAUCCAAAAGCUUUCCAGGUACAGGACGAAAAGGACAAGAAGAAAUUUUCACAGAAGGAUCAAGCCACAGAAAGAAGUUUUAGCUUCAAGCUUGAUUGCCAGCCACUGUUCCUUUCCAUGUUGUGGAGGACUCCCUGAUUCAUCUCUAGCCAUAGCCUCCAGCACAAUGAACAGAAGAAUACACAACGCUGUCGCCAUGGUGUUUUCCAUGAGACAUACUGUGGGCUAUCCGUGGUUUGUCCAUGUUCAACUGAGGACAAAGCGCCAUGCUUUGUCGUCCCUCUCCAAGCUAUCUUCUGUGUCCACCACACGACUUGCCACCUCAACCCCACUGCACCAGGCAUGGAUUGAGCCCCUUUGUUCUCGCCUCUACAGUAUCGCAGAUCUUGGAGCUCUGGGAGACUACACUGCUUCUCCAUUCCUGCCAUCUGACUCAGACAUCCUGCUUGACUCCCCCAACCAGAAUGACAUAGUUGAGGAGUUCUUUGCUGAUUCUAUCACUGGGACAUGCUUGCAGUCAGAUGGACAUCAGUGA